AUGGGACAGCCAGGAGACCAGUUGAGGCCUGGCCAGGUGGGACUGCCUGGAGACCAGUUGAGGCCUGGCCAGGUGGGACAGCCAGGAGACCAGUUGAGGCCUGGCCAGGUGGGACCGCCUGGAGACCAGUUGAGGCCUGGCCAGGUGGGACAGCCAGGAGACCAGUUGAGGCCUGGCCAGGUGGGACAGCCAGGAGACCAGUUGAGGCCUGGCCAGGUGGGACAGCCAGGAGACCAGUUGACGCCUGGCCAGGUGGGACCGCCUAGAGACCAGUUGAGGCCUGGCCAGGUGGGACCGCCUGGAGACCAGUUGACGCCUGGCCAGGUGGGACCGCCUGGAGACCAGUUGAGGCCUGGACAGGUGGGACAGCCAGGAGACCAGUUGAGGCCUGGCUAGGUAGGACAGCCAGGAGACCAGUUGAGGCCUGGACAGGUGGGACCGCCUGGAGACCAGUUGAGGCCUGGACAGGUGGGACCGCCUGGAGACCAGUUGAGGCCUGGCCAGGUGGGACAGCCAGGAGACCAGUUGAGGCCUGGCCAGGUGGGACCGCCUAGAGACCAGUUGAGGCCUGGCCAGGUGGGACCGCCUGGAGACCAGUUGAGGCCUGGCCAGGUGGGACCGCCUGGAGACCAGUUGAGGCCUGGCCAGUCAUCAGAGAAACUUUCUAAGACAUCUUCGUUCAUUAAAGUUAAUCUC